UCAAUUGUGAUUAAAAAAAUCAGUGUGAGUUAAAUCACAAUUCUUACAUUAAGACUCGCAACCUUCAAAGUAGUGUCCUAGUGUAUCAAGUACUCACUGCCAACGACGAGGAAGACGGCGAAUACCAUCAGCUUCACCUUCUUCAAAUCCUGCCAAUCUGUGUCGGAAAUGUCCUCUCUGCAGAAUAACUUACGUCAUGCAAUUAGGAAUAAUCGUCCUGAACUGCUUCACAAUGUCAUCGUCCUUCACUACAAUGCACACUGGGUAGAGUAUGCAUGAGACUUGGCUGUAUGUGGAGGACUAUUCAAAAUAAGGACAAGGAAGGGUAUUUUGCUCGGGCCCGCCAGGCGGAUGAAGAACAUAGGAAGAAAUAUCCUGAUUAUGUCUACAAUCCCAAUGUGGCCCGGGAACAGAAGAUUCUCAGAAAAAAGGCCCAGAAAAAAAUGUUGCGACACCAGUCUGCUAAGCGACGCCAGUCUGCGAAGCGAAGCGUCAGCAGGGCGAAGACCAGGAGAGCCCGUGAACAUCAACAGGCAGAGACAACAGGCGGAGGACGUGUCACUUCAUCAAAGAACUAUGAUGAAGGUAGGAAAAAUGAUGGAGGUGCUGAAGUAUGGGAUGGACAUGGUGGCAUUGGAGUAGGUGGUGGGAGAAGCUGUGGAGUAGGGAAGAAUGGAGGGAAGGAGGAGACGUCGAAGGCCGAGGAAGAGAUGGAUGCAGGUCUUGGAGGAGGACCAUGUGGGUUGGAAGGUGGUGGGAGAAGGUCUGGAGUAGGGAAGGAGGAGAGCAAGUCCAUCUACCGCCACCUCUAUAUAUCUGUGUAA